AGUUCCCUUCGACUCCCUAGUUCUCUCUUCCAAGCUUUUCCUCAGCAAGCCUUCGACUCCGGCUCCUCUUCCUCCUCUCCGUAGGCAUGCUCAUCCUCUUCACCUGGGCAAACCUCCCCACCAACCUCCGAUCGGAAUCUUCCCCCGCCUUAGUUCCGGCUGCUCUGCCUCAAAUCCCUCCGCAUGCAAAUCCAAUCUCCAUCUCUUCGACUCUCCAGUUCUCUCCUCCAAAUUCUUCCCUUCUCUAAUCGCCGCCCACCUCCUCUCUUUCUCAAUCUCCCCACCUGUCGUUGCCGCUGCCGCAAUGGAGAGGCAAUCUUGUUGAUUCGCCGAAAUCAGAUUCAACCCUGGAGAUUUAGAUUCGUCGAUUGAAAUAGUGUCUGGCUGCUGCUCAAGCGCAGAAACAAUCGAUGGAAUCCUCUGUCUCCGUCCAACGCGUGUUCCGUCGUCGCCAUCCAAUGUCGGUCUCAGAUCUGGAUUGAGAAAGCCACCGCUUUCAAUCCGCCGGGAACGUUAUGCAACUGAGGCAUGGCGGAGGGUGGUCGUUGACUGAUUGGUGGUGGGUUGUCACCGACUACCGCCACGGCAUCUCCCUCGCCUUCCUCCUCGCUUGGGUCGCCGGGAGAAGAAUGACGGUGGCGACAAAGACGAAGAAGUCGUCGGGAAAAAAGAAGAUAGGUUGGACACGACAGUCCCACCACCAUUCUCCAAUUUUGAGCUCCGGCCUCUUCGACAUCAUCACGGCCAGAUACAACGAAGAAGCGGAGAAGAAGCUUCAAGCUGUGAAUCUUCAAACCACUGGAUUCUCAUUCAAUUUUGGGUUUUUCAAUUAUUGGUUGCUAGCCGUAAAGCAGGAGUCGCCGCCGCCGCUUCAGCAGCAUCCAUUGAUGCCUAAACUGUCCGACUUGAGGUCUUAUGAUAACGAAGAGCUGCGAUGGGGGAAUCGAUUUAGGGUUUCGUCCACUGCUGCCGGCGCGCGAUGGGGGAAGCUGGCGAAGGUGGAUUUGAGGGUUUCGUUGUCUGCUGCGAUGGGGGAAACUAACGACAGCGCGCGACGACGAAGAAGAAAACAAUGCUACUUCGAAGAAGGAUCCGGGACCAGGGGAUCAAGGGGGUAG